AUGGAGGUGGAGGAUCCCCUACAUGUCAUUUUUAAAUGUAGGGGUAUAGAUAUAGUUUGGAGGUCAUCUCCUUUUGAUAAACUCACGCCUACAGAUUUCGCUUCUGUAUGGAAUUGGAUGGAAAAGUUGCACCAGUCCUUGAGUGCGGACGAGUUUCACCUUGCGAUUAUUAUAGCAUGGAAAGCGUGGGAUAUUCGAAAUAAGGAAUUUAAGGGCGAAAAAGGGGUUGCGAUAAUGGACGAGGUUGUACAAUGGUCUCGCGCAUACCUUGAUGCCUUCAAGCUUGCACAACUGCCAUCAAACACACAGCUGAGCCUUCCAUUACCUAGUGUGUGGCGCACACCUCCCGUUGGGGUGGUGAAGAUUAAUUUUGACGCUGCCUUACAUAGGGGGAAAAACUGCUAUUCUGUGGCCAUUGUUGCGCGAAACACCGACGGGAAAAGUAUAGGAUGGCGGGUUGACACGAUUGAUGGUUCACUCUUGGCUGUGGAAUGUGAAGCUAUGGCGGCUCUAGCAGCUGUCAAGAUGGCAAAGGAUUUUGGAUGGACUUCGAUCAUAGUGGAAGGGGAUUGUCUCCAAGUUAUUCAAGCGCUUCGGAAUAAAAAUUGUGACUGUUCAUCAUUUGGUGCGUUGAUGGAGGACUGCCUCCAAAUUGCCAACUCUUUAGAAUCAUGCUCAUUUGUUUUUAUUAAACGGUGUGGUAAUAGGUUAGCUUAUGCUUUGGCUAAGUUUUUGCAUAAUCAUUGUAUUUCUGGAAUUGAUCUUCCUCCAAAAGUUGUGGCUAUUGCCUAA